AUGUUCGUCGCUCAUCUAAUCCACGAGAGUGGUGGCUUCCAGCACCGGGAGGAAAUCGGUCGUGGGCGAGGUCAACCGUACGGUACAACUUUCUAUGGCCGUGGAUACAUUCAGCUUACCUGGGAAGGCAAUUACCAGGCGGCGUCGUACGAUAUUUUCGGGGACAGCAGACUGGUCACCAAUCCGGAUUGCGUGUCCGCAAGUCCGCGCCUCAGCAUGCGUGUGUCAGUGUGGUACUGGGAGGAGCGAGUUCGCCCCCAAGCUGGUUCCUUUAGGAAUUUCUAUGCCACAACUAAAGCAAUCAAUGGCGGACUGGAAACAUCCCCGUGCCAUCCGGCUGCAAAGAAGCGGUAUAGUUUCUAUCGGAAGGCAGCUGAUGUUCUGGGUGUUGCCAAUCUAGCAUUCGAAGGAUAA